GUGUUUGGGGACAGUUGUGUGGCUGCAGGAGAAUAAGAUUGUGUGACAGGGCUGUAGUAGAGUUAAGGUUGUGUGUAUGCCUGUGUGUUUGGGGAGGGGGUGUUGAGGUAGUCACACGCAGCUUGUAGAAGGGCCCCUAGCGCCAGACAUUAGUACUGGCCUGGCUGCUCACUCCUACUAUCGGAACCACAGCUUGAACAUCGCAGUGCUGUCGAGGCUGAAACACGGUCAGGCGUAUGGACAGGCGCUCGUAGCUCCGGGACCCCCUUCUCCUCUCCUUCCUUCUCUUAUCUCUCCGUGCACUUACCGGACUAUACUGACCGACGAGUCAUUUCGGCUAACUAUCAACCCGGGCUUGUUUUCUGCUCUUCAGUCUCUCUCCGCUGCAGGGCCUCUUCAGUUUACAGAAAAAGUGGGUGUUUGCUGCUCACUGGUGUUCCGGCAGCGGCGGCGGCGGCGGCGAAGUGUCCUCGAUGGCAGGCUGGAAGGACGGCUCGGUGCAGGAGAAGUAUCGCCUGGUUGUGGUGGGAGGCGGUGGUGUCGGGAAAUCAGCCCUGACUAUCCAGUUUAUCCAGUCGUACUUUGUCACCGACUAUGACCCCACGAUUGAGGACUCCUAUACUAAGCAGUGUGUGAUCGACGAAAGGGCGGCCCGGCUCGACAUCCUCGACACGGCUGGACAGGAAGAGUUUGGAGCCAUGAGAGAACAAUACAUGAGGACAGGGGAGGGCUUCCUGCUCGUCUUCUCCGUCACUGACAGAGGAAGUUUUGAAGAAAUCUAUAAAUUCCAAAGACAAAUUCUCAGAGUGAAAGACAGAGACGAAUUCCCAAUGAUCCUCGUAGGAAACAAAGCAGAUCUGGAGCUACAGAGACAAGUAACCCAGGAGGAGGGCCAGCAGCUGGCCCGACAACUGAAGGUCACCUAUAUGGAGGCUUCAGCCAAAAUCCGUAUGAACGUAGACCAGGCUUUCCACGAGCUGGUUAGAGUAAUCAGGAAAUUCCAAGAACAGGAAUGUCCACCGUCGCCGGAGCCCACAAGGAAAGAAAAAGACAAGAGUGGCUGCCAUUGUGUGAUUGUCUGAGUCGGCCUUAUCACUGUAACUCAUGCAGCUACUCUGUACCACCCCGCCCACUCUGCCUGACAUCACAUCCUCAGAGGAUGACUGACCGCUGCCUUCUCCACGUGCAUGACUUCAGACAGCCUUUUCUGAGAUACUCUGACCAGGAAGUGCUGUCCCCAGGACAUCACUAUGGACAACUGACAAUGCCAAAAUGUUAACACCACUCUACCUUCAGCCGUAAUCUAAUCCACAUAAGAGAGUCCCAACACUAAACAUUGCCUUUAAAUCAGCCUGACAGAUUAAUGUUUUUUACCCUGAAGGACUUCUCUUGCCUUGUAGUGACAUUUGUACUUGCUACCGAGAUUGAAUGAAAACUAUAUAUCCAGAAUGUUAAUGAGUUUCUUUAGUUUUCCAGUGUCUGAGCAGAGCAGAGAGAUUAUCUUAUGAAGCUUUGUGUAUGUUGUGCCAUAUCCACCUUUACUCCCAUGUGCUAAUCUGCUACUGUACAUAUGUGACAUUUGUUGUGAUUUUCAAAGUGUAUUUCUAAUGAACUAUUAAAUCACCACAGUACAGUG